AUGGGUUCCGUAUCAAAUAACGAUCCAGGACUCCCACGGCCUAAUCCUACCCAGGCCUUCUGGCAGCUGCCCCCUCACCCAGACGUCUCAGCCAUCCAGUCCCCCACACUGCGCACCGAGACCGAUAUUGUGGUUAUCGGCUCUGGCAUCACCGGAUGCAGCGUCAGCAAGGCUCUUCUAGAAGACGAAUCCUUUGGUCCCAUCCAUGUCACCGUUCUCGAGGCUAGGACUCUCACUUCGGGAGCAACUGGACGCAAUGGAGGCCACCUCGUCUCAGCAGCCGGCCACAAGUUCUCAGACUGGGUCGAGCACCACGGCGUCGAGGCAGCUAGAGAUAUGGCCCGUUUCAGUCUGAUGAACGUUGACAGAGUCCAAGAGAUCCUGAGCAAGAUGGACGCCGACAUCCAGGAGAAGAGCGAGAUCCGCACCGUCCAGAAACUGUGCGCCGUCACGGACGACAAGCUCUGGGAGCACCAUGUGAACUCGAUCAAGAUGAUGGCCAAGGAAGUCCCCGAGCACAAGAACCACAACCGGCUCGCCGGUGCUAAAGAGCUCAAUGAAGAAUGGGGCCUCAUCGACGUCGUCGGCGGCUAUAUCCAGCAAGCAGGCGCCCUGUGGCCGUACAGGCUCUGCACCGAGGUCUUCACCCGCCUCCUAAAGGCCCACCCUGACCGUCUCGCCAUCGAGACGCACACCCCCGUGACAUCCGUGUUCGAGGACCCUGAUGCAGCAGACAACAAAGCAGUGACGCACAGGUACAUUGUGACCACGCCUCGCGGCCUCAUCAAGGCCAAGCGCGUGGUCUACUGCACCAACGGCUUCACCGCCCACCUCCUCCCGUCCCUGCGCGGCAAGAUCUACCCCUUCCGCGGCCACAUGACAACCCAGGCCGUCCCAGCACACUUCCCUUCGCAAGGAGGCGAGCGUUCCUGGAGCCUGAUGCAGCCCACGCGCCUCGACCCGCAGACGGGCUCGUUCCACUUUGGCCUGUACUACCUGCAGCAGAACGCAAAGACCAAGGACAUGUUUGUGGGCACCGAGUACCAGACCAUCGAGGAGUGUCUGUGCAGCGACGACACCUUUGUCAGCGAGGCCUCCAGGAAGGACCUGCCGGCUCUGCUGCCGCGCAUGUUCUCGGCUGUGAGCGGCGACGGGUUGGAGAAGCCGACCCUGAGGGCCAUCUGGUCCGGUGUGAUGGGCAUGACGCCUGAUGGCUUGCCGUUGGUGGGUAAACUGCCCGGCAACGCGACAGGCCGUGAGCCUGGGGAGGAGUGGAUCGCGGCUGGGUUCCAGGGCUACGGGAUGGACAAGUGCUGGCUGACUGGCGAGGCUCUGGUCGGCAUGAUGGCCGGGAGGGAUGUCAGCAGCUGGUUUCCUUCUCCUUAUGUCAUUACCGAGGAGAGGUUGGCUAAGAAGAUGGGCUUUGAGCAUGUCUGGCAUGAGUAUGCCAGUAUGGUGCAGGAGAAACAGCGGCUCUGA